AUGCUACGACAGAUAUGGUUAAGAUCAUAUAGCACAAGUACGGUAAUCCCAAAAGCAUCAACUCAACCAACCAUAUAUGCAUUAUCUACAAAUUUUGCUAAAUCAGCCAUUGCUGUCGUGAGAAUAUCUGGUCCACAAUCUUCAUAUAUAUACAACAAAUUAACAAAAACAAAAGCAGAGCCAAAGAAUAGAAUUGCCAGUGUCCGAAAAUUAUACAAUCCCAAUGCUGAAGCAUUUUCAUCAACUCAAAUAUUGGACGAAGCCUUGACUAUUUUUUUCAAAAAACCAAAUACAUAUACUGGUCUAGAUUUAUUAGAAUUGCAUUUACAUGGUGGAAUAGCUAUAAUAAAAUCAGUAAUUGAAUCAAUACGGCAGUUACACGAUCCUGACAGUGGCAUUAUCAUUAGACAAGCGGAAAAUGGUGAAUUUUCAAAACAAGCUUUUUUAAAUGGUAAAUAUGAUUUAACGGCUUUAGAAGGUAUAAGUGAUAUGAUUAAUGCUGAAACUGAACAACAAAGAAUUGCUUCUUUGGCUUCAAUGUCUGGUGAAACCAAAAGUAUCUUCAGUAAAUGGAGACAAGAAAUUUUGGAGAAUGCUGCUAAUUUGACUACUAUUAUUGAUUUUGGUGAGGAUCAAGAUAUUGAUGAAACAUCUACCUUAUUUGAGGAAGUAGGUUCCAAGAUUUUAGAGAUAGAAAUGGACAUACAAAAAUAUUUAAAGAAAGUCAAAUCAUCGGAAAUUUUAUUGAAAGGUAUUCAAUUGACAUUGUUAGGUCCGCCAAAUGCAGGAAAAUCAUCGAUUUUAAAUAUUUUAUCAAACAAAGAAGCAGCAAUUGUAAGUAAUAUUGCAGGAACUACUCGUGAUAUAUUGGAUAUACCUUUAGAGAUUGGAGGUUAUAAAGUUGUUUUAGGAGAUACGGCAGGUAUUCGAUCAUUGAAAGAUGCCGAUCAAAUCGAAAAGGAAGGAAUUAAACGAGCUAAAACUAAAUCCACUACUGCAGAUUUGAUAUUAAUGGUAAUAGACCCUACAGACCGUAUAGACUCGAUCGAUAUUGAAACGCAUAUUAAAGAAUUGGUGUCAUCUCACAAUAAAAACGUUUUGGUAGUUUUAAACAAGCAAGAUCUUUAUGAGGACAAUGAUAAGAAGCUUGUAUCAGAAUACUCAUCCAAGUUUGAUAUUCCAGAAAAUAAAUUUCAUGUUGUGUCUUGUUCUACAGGAUAUGGCAUGGAUCAAUUGAGAGAAAAUUUGAUUCAAGAAUUUAAAACAAUCACCUUAAGCGAAUCUUCAAACCCUAUAAUUUUAUCAUCCAGAGUUCAGGACAUACUUGAGCACGAUGUUUUGUAUGGAUUUAAAGAGUUUCGUUAUUGGCUAGAACAAGACGAUGUUGUAUUGGCUUCGGAAAGUUUAAGACAAUCAAUAGAAGGGAUAGGUAAAAUCACCGGUGAAGCUAUUGGAGUUGAGGAAAUAUUAGGAGUUGUUUUCUCAAAUUUUUGCAUAGGUAAAUAG